AGUUGAGAACUUAGGCGAGGUUAAAACCCUAAAAACUCAAUGCUGCCCCGCAUAAAUUCAAUGUUUAGCCACAUUACCUAGCCACAUUUGAAAUCCAUCAGUGGGGCAUUCGAUGUUCAAGUUCAACCCCAUCAUUGAAUGUUGACCGCGAAGUUCAAUCUUCUUCUCCACAAAGAAAUCAUGAGCAGACCCAGCAAAUUCUGAUAAAGUGAAAUAUGGUCCAAAACAAGAUCCAAGGAAAUGUCGACAGUAUCGAUCGUUUCUGUCGUCAAUACCUACAACUUGAACGGGAAUUGGAUUAUCCUUCAUCUACCAUUCUGAAGGAAGCUGAUGUGCAAGAUCUUCUCUACCAUAAAAUAUUCAGUAACGAUGCCCUCUCUUACCCCCCUCCCAAAAGAUACAAACUCAGGGUCUUGAAGGAGCUUCUAUCAAGAAUUGAAGCGAGCAUUGAUGACUGGGAUCUUUAUGGAAUUUCGGACGAUUUGAUGACCGCCUUCUCUAUUCUCCUUCUUUCUCCACUCCCCUCCGAACUCACUGCAGUCCUGCAAAAAUCGUAUGUCACUUACACCCUGCCAUCUCUUGAUACAUCAUCUACUCCGUCGCCUCAAGUCACAUUACUUGAGUCACGGGAUCUUGUCUCUGCUUCUGGUACUACUGGUCUCCGUACCUGGGAAGCUUCCCUUCAUCUUGGCCAAUAUCUGGCCGCCAACCCCUAUCUCAUUCAAGGAAAACAUGUGCUAGAACUAGGAGCAGGUACUGGGUAUAUAUCUAUUCUCUGUGCUAAGUUUCUAAACCCUAUUCUAGCCAUCGCGUCAGAUGGCUCCGACGACGUAGUAGCAAACCUCCCUGAGAACUUCUUUCUAAACGGGCUUCAGGGGUCGGCCACGGUCCAGGCCAUGGAAUUGAAAUGGGGACAUGCUUUGGUAGGCACAGAAGACGAGCAUUGGAAUCGCGGUAUACCUGUCGACGUUGUUCUCGCAGCGGAUGUCACGUACGACGAGGAAAUCAUCCCAUCACUCGUCGGAACACUAGAGGAGCUUGUGGGGAUGUUCCCUCAUAUCACAAUACUCAUCGCCGCCACUGAGAGAAAUCAAGAAACUUUCCAAGCAUUUGUUGAGGUCUGUCAGAAGAAGAACUUCACCGUCGACGAGAUCGACUUUACCCUUCCACCCAGAGAGAGCCAGCGUGGCCCAUUUUACAACGACCAAGUACCCAUUAGAAUUUGCAAAAUAUCAAAGUAAUUGGCGACAUGAUUUUCAGUGUAUCUCUACCAAGUAGAUAUAUACCUUCUUCUAUUUACGCCAACGCUAAUAUAAGUCUUAUGUUUACAUGAUCAUGUCUAAUCUAUCUACCUAGGUACCUAACCAAGCCUUAGUUAUGGAGCUACACAAUCCUUAAUACCACUACAAAUAUGUACAUACAUGUAUGCAUGCAUGUGGUUACCAGUCUAGGUAGUAGGUACCUAGGUAAUAGAAUAUUUGUAUGUACAUAUAUCUUAAUAUCAAUAAUGUUCAUAAACAUCAAUUCAAUCAAAGGCCUCGAAGG